ACCAUUCUCCUCUCUCUUGUUUGCUUUCUUUGCAGAAUCCCAGCGGGCUACUGUUUUGUAGAAUUUGCAGAUUUGGCCACAGCCGAGAAGUGUUUGCAUAAAAUUAAUGGGAAACCCCUGCCAGGAGCCACACCUGCAAAACGUUUUAAACUGAACUAUGCCACUUAUGGGAAACAGCCGGAUAACAGCCCUGAGUACUCCCUCUUUGUGGGGGACCUGACCCCAGAUGUGGAUGAUGGCAUGCUGUAUGAAUUCUUCGUCAAAGUCUACCCCUCCUGUCGGGGAGGCAAGGUGGUUUUGGACCAGACGGGCGUGUCGAAGGGCUAUGGUUUUGUGAAGUUCACGGAUGAGCUGGAACAGAAGCGAGCUCUGAGCGAGUGCCAGGGAGCCGUGGGCCUGGGCUCUAAGCCAGUGCGGCUGAGUGUGGCAAUCCCCAAAGCGAGCCGUGUGAAGCCAGUGGAGUAUAGUCAGAUGUACAGUUACAGCUACAACCAGUAUUACCAGCAGUACCAGAGCUACUACGCGCAGUGGGGCUACGACCAGAACACGGGCAGCUACAGCUACAGCUACCCCCAGUACGGCUACACGCAGAGCGCCAUGCAGACAUAUGAAGAAGUCGGGGAUGACGCAUUGGAAGACCCCAUGCCACAGUUGGAUGUGACGGAGGCCAACAAGGAGUUCAUGGAGCAGAGUGAGGAGCUGUAUGACGCCCUGAUGGACUGUCACUGGCAGCCCCUGGACACAGUAUCUUCAGAGAUCCCGGCCAUGAUGUAGUCGGGACAGAGGACCCGUUGAAACAGACCGUGUGAUGGAGCUGAGAGACUCCUUUUUAACAAAAAGUAUCGGAAGAAAUUUUACCUUUUUGGAAAUGUUUUGUAAGAUUUUAGUAAUCAACUCUACUGACUCUUCCUGUAA